AUGUCAGCAUUGAUCGACUUCUCCAUCCUGUCAAGCAUCGCCGCCAUUGAGAUAGGCAUUCUCGUGUCGAGCGUGCUGUUUGGCAUCGUCACGCUGCAGGCCUUCAUCUACUUCAGGACUUAUCCAGGCGACCCCAAACCCCUGAAGAUCUUGGCAGGUGUGAUAUGGGUACUGGAAUUCGGGGGCAUGAUUUGUGUAGCAAACCUCCUCUACGAAGCCACGAUCACCAAAUACCGGAACGCGCCUCUGCUGAUGUUCGUAAAUCCGCCAACACAGAUAAACAUAUCCAACCUCAUCUCAGCAUGCACCGCCUGCCUCGUCGAGGUGUGGUUCGCAGAGCGAGUACGCAGAUUCACCGGCCUGCUCUGGCCCGCGCUGGUGUUCUGGUUCCUCAUCUUCGUCACCUUCGCCGGCGCCAUCCUCGUCUCCGCCGUCCUCUUCACGCGGGGCUUGCUCGAGUUCACCGCUCACUGGAGAUGGGCGUCCACGACGUGUUGGAUAUUGUCCGCCGUCAUUGAUGUUGCCAUGGCUUCCCUGCUCUGCUUCAAUCUCCUCCAGCAACGGCAGUCCCUAUUCCAACGGACAUCGGCCCUAAUGAUCCCAUCCCCCCCAACAAGGUCGACGAGGCUAGUAGACAAGAUAAUCAUGAUCACUAUGUCAACUGGGUUGCUUACCAGUGUCAUGGCCAUCACAACCACGAUCUUGUCAAUGACGAUGCCUUACAACCUCGUCUACAUGGGUGUAUAUAUUUGCACCGCGCGAAUAUAUGCAAAUUCAUUCUUCGCGUCGUUGAACGCUCGAAAUAAUCUUAGAUCCACGGACGACGUUGUACAGUCUUUCAAGCUCAGCGUCAGAGGAGCUCGCAGCGGCAGCGCGGAAGAUCCUAUAGCCACAAAGGAUAGCGCCCAGUUCGCGUUGCGAUACCAGUACAGAUUAGACAGCCAGGCUACUACCUCAUGA